CACGGUAUAACAUGUCUCCCAACUUCAUAUUAAUUUUCUUGGCUGUCGUGACACUUUGCACUAUUGCCAUUGCCUACGAUAAAGAGCGGUGCGAUGCUCCUCCUAGCGAAAAAGGAUAUUGUAUCGCCUAUAAGCGCAUGUGGGUCUAUAAAGGAAAAAUAUGUCAGCGAUUAUUAUAUGGCGGAUGCUAUGCCACGGCCAAUAUUUUUAAUUCAUUAGAAGAAUGUCAGACAGCUUGCAAGAAAUAAAACAUUAGGCAAAAAUAAAA